AUGCCACCGCGCUUAACCAAGCGUGCGCCCGCCGCCAAGAGCAAGGCCGGCAAGUCUGCGAAAGCCAUCGCGAAGCUGCUCACCGACCCCAAGUCCGUCCUGGCGACGGCCGAUCUCUACAGACUACUCACCAACCCCAAGGCGCGGGACGUCCUAACCAGCGAGGAGUGGGCCGAAAUCACGGCGCUGUUCCCCGUCGCAUCAUCACCACCGGCAGACACAGAGCUCAGCGUCGCAACGCUCGCCAACGACCCCGGGUUCCGCCACACCUGUGCCACGUACAGUGAGAACCUCGCCGAGGGGCGGCACGAUGCCGGCUGGUUGGAAUGCGCGUGGACGGCGCACGCGCGCAGAAAGGCCGGCGCCUUUGACGCUCAUCUCGCGGCCAAGUUUGAGGACGAAUGGGGCGUCGCGGCGCCUCAGGCGCAGUCGGAAGAGUGA